AUGUCCUCCCCAAAACAAGUAACCACCGCCACAACCACAAUCCUCACAACCCUCCUGUCCGACUACCCCCUAAAAAUCCACGGCGGCUCCAACAUUCUCGUCAGCGACGCCUCCAUCGCACUCUCCCUCUACGAAUCCACAGCCCCCGUGCGCACCCCCUAUGGCCCCACCAUCACCAUCGCGCAGCAGCAGAAUCAAUCCGUGACGAAGCCGGAUUUCCCGAAUGUCGAGGUGGUCAAGGUCGAUGAUUUGAAGAUGGAUGAGUAUAGCCAUGCGGUGUUUGGGGUGCAGAGUGAGGAUCCGAAGUUUAUUUUGGGCGGGUUGAGGUUCAUGAAGUAUGCUUUGCGGCCGAAGGGGUAUGCGGUGGUGAUUUCGAUUAAGGUCGAGACGAAGCAGGUCGACGAAGGACAGAAGGCAGAGGGCAAGGCGGAGGGCGAUGGAAAGUUUCAAGUGGGGUUGGAGGAUAAGUUGAAGUAUCAGAGUAAAGGGAAAGUGAAUUCGCUCAGUGAAGUUCUGGAGUAUGCGGGUUUUGAGAGGGGACGGGUGAGGAGUUUGGAGAAGAGUGCGGAUGUGGAGGGGAAGGAGGUGCAGGCUGAGGUGAUUUUGGCCAUGAAGUGGGAUCAGUUGACGGCGUAG